UUGAAAGCGUGGAAUUGACGGUGCAGAGAAAAGUUUGGGAAAUGCGAAAAGGGAGAAGAUAGAAUCAUGAUGUGGAAAAAGGUAGAAACGGUUGGUUAAGAGAGAGGAGGGAAGAGUAUUUUAAAAUGCACAAUCCCAGAACGAAACAAUGUUUUGUUGGCGCCACGAAAAUCCCGUGGAUGCGAGCAAGCGAGGGAGAGGAGAGGAAGCAAUGUCAUUCUCAUCGUCAUAGCAGACACAAAAACGUUUAAACAAUCAAAACGGAACAGAUUCAAUCAUUUCCAUCUCUCCUCACCUCACUUCGUAAUAAAAAAAAAUGCUCUCCUCUUCUUUGCCGGCGGCAAUCCUCCUUCUCUUCUUCUCCGUCGCCGCGGCCGCCGCCGAUGAAGACCCUUGCAAUCGCGUAUCGCAAUUGGUUAAGAUACAGAGCUGGAUUGAUGGGAAGGAAGAUGAAGAGUACAAUGGUAUGAGUGCAAAAUUUGGCUCUUAUUUGCCUGUCGAAGCUGUUCAAACUGCCAAACUUCCCGCUGUUUUUGCCGAUCCUAUGGACUGCUGUUCCGCUUCAACCGUAAAGUUAUCUGGAUCAGCAGCUCUCUGCGCACGAGGAACUUGUGACUUCUCAGCUAAAGCUGUAGUUGCACAGACCGGAGGUGCUGCUGCCGUGUUUAUGAUAAACGACGCAGAUGAACUCUUUGAGAUGGACUGCUCCAGUGACAAAAGCGUAAAUAUUUCAAUUCCAGUUGUGCAGACAACAAAGUCAGUAGGAGACGCUCUCAACAAACUUUUAACAUCUAAAAAGAAAGUGGAGGUUUUGCCAUAUGCUCCAACUCGCCCAGUUGUAGACUACUCAGUUGCAUUUUUGUGGCUGAUGGCUGUUGCAACAGUUAUAUGUGCUUCAUUAUGGGCAGAUAUAACUGCUCCCGAUCAAAUCGAUGAACGCUACAACGAGUUGUCUCCCAAGAGCGCUAUGUCGGAAGCAGGGAAAGACGAUUCUGAGGAAAUAGUUAACAUAGAUACAAAGGGUGCUGUCGUGUUUGUCAUUACGGCAUCUACUUUUCUUGUGCUACUGUUCUUCUUCAUGUCGUCUUGGUUUAUCUGGGUGCUGAUUAUACUUUUCUGCAUUGGUGGUAUUGAGGGGAUGCACAACUGUAUUGUAAGCCUCGGUUUAAGGAAACGUCCAACUUGUGCUCAGAAGAAUGUGAAUUUACCUUUCUUUGGAGAGGUUUCUAUUUUCUCGCUGAUAGCGCUGCUAUUCAGCGUGACAUUUGCCGUUUUAUGGGUUGUAUUUCGGCACGAAUCAUUUUCAUGGUUUGGCCAAGAUUUUCUUGGCAUCUGUUUGAUGAUAACAGUAUUACAGAUGGCUCGGUUGCCUAAUAUUAAGGUUGCAACGGUCCUACUUUGUUGUGCAUUUGUAUACGACAUUUUUUGGGUAUUCAUAUCUCCAGUGAUAUUCCAAAAGAGUGUCAUGAUUACAGUUGCUCGUGGUGACAAGGCUGGUGGUGAAGCAAUUCCUAUGCUUUUGAGAUUUCCUCGUUUAAGUGAUCCUUGGGGUGGCUAUGAUAUGAUUGGAUUUGGAGAUAUUCUCUUUCCUGGUUUGCUUGUUUCCUUUUCUCAUUCGACAAAGAUCUUAAGAAGGGGGUCGUAAGCGGAUAUUUUCUUUGGUUGGUAAUUGGCUAUGCCUUUGGGCUGUUCUUCACAUAUCUGGGGCUAUAUUUGAUGAACGGUCAUGGACAACCUGCACUCCUCUACCUUGUUCCGUGCACACUAGGUAACUAAUUUUGUGGUUCUCAUAAUUUAGCUAGCUUAUUUGGUGCCAAUUUGUUUAUAUAUGGACAGGAGUCGCUGUGGUAUUGGGAUGCAAAAGAGGUGAGCUAAAUAUCCUUUGGAAUUAUGAAGCAGACUCGUCUUCGUCUUCCUCCAACUCCAACAAUACCUCAACGGCCGACACCAAACAGCCUCCCCAAGUUUAGAUCCUCACUCACUCACUCCAUUGUGUGCUAGUGGGAAGUGCUCACUGAUUCAUCCAAAGUCAAUGAGAUGCAAAUGCGAUUGGGUUGGGUUAGGAGAGUUUCCAGAUGUACACACAAUUCAUUCCUUCCUGGAUCUCUUCCAUAACUGUAACGUAACUAUCUAUUCUAUUCUUUCAUUCUUCCUUCUUUCUUCUCCAGCUAAUGCAUUAUAAAUUCUUCUUCUUAUUGUUU